UUCAAAAUGCAUCUUAAAGACAGAUUUUUCGACAAAAAAAUUAAUGUUGUAUUUUUGUAUCAACUGUAAUUAAAAACAAUUAUAAACAGCUGAUUCUCCUUCCUCCGAAAAUACGGCUAUGUAAAUUUCACCAGAAAUUAGUCAAAAGCAUCAUUAAAUGAUUCGGUGUUAGUAACACGUGUUGGAGAAUCAACAUCAACAAAACAUGGCAGAUGAACGGUUCUCUCAUAUUUCUAAGGAUCCUCGCUUUGGAGCUGUUCCAGUGAAAGAGAGGAAAGUUAAAAUAGAUCAACGUUUCCAGAGUAUGUUUAAAGAUGAACGCUUUAACUAUAAAUAUAGCCUUGACAAGCGUGGUCGCCCAUUCCGCAGCAGUACCAGUGAGAAUCUUCGACGUUACUACGAUCUGUCAGACGACUCGUCUGAUGAAUCUGAAGAAGAUGAAACACUUCCGGAUACUACUAAGGUAAAACAGAAAACAUCAAAGCAGAAAAAUGAAGUUGCUGCCAACAAGUUAAAAUCUAAAAAGGGUAUUCCAGAUAAUUCUGAAGUCUUGGAAAAAAUGAAGAACAGUAAUUUGAAUGAUAAACAAAAGUCACCAGUUCUUGUUGAAAGUGAAAAGGAAAGGAAAUCUUGUCAUUUAAAAGAACCAAGUAAAAAGGACAUUGAAGAAGAAAGUGAUGAAGAUGAUGAUGAUGCUGACCAUGAUGAUGAGGAUGGCAGUGAUGAUGCUGAAGAUGAUGAUGAUGAUGACCAGGAUGAAUCAGGUUUAGGAAGUGGUCAAGAUUUGGCUCGAGGCAUCGGUAAUGAAAGUAGCUCAUCAGAUGAUUCUGAUUUUGACUCACUAGAUGAAAAUUAUCCAGGACCAGAAGCUGAAAAUAUUGUCCAUGAUUGGGGUGAAAUGGAUAAAGAUGCAGUUUUGGCUUCAGAAAGUUCUUCUCGGUUAGCAAUUUGCAACAUGGACUGGGAAAAUAUCACAGCAGCUGAUCUUUUUGUUGUACUCAAUUCUUUUAAACCACCACAAGGUGCUAUCCUUUCGGUUAAGAUCUAUCCAUCAGAGUUUGGACUGAAGAGAAUGGAAGAGGAAAACCUGAAAGGCCCACCUGAACUUGCUGAAAUAGUAAAAGACAUGUCAGAUGAUGAGAACAAUGACAGUGAAGCUGAAGAAGGAAAUACUUUCCAUAAUGAAAAGUUACGUCAAUAUGAAAUAAAUCGAAUGAAAUAUUAUUAUUCUGUGGUGGAAUGUGAUUGUGAGGACACUGCCAAUUAUCUUUAUAAUGAACUUGAUGGCACUGAAUAUGAACAAAGUAGGACCUGCUUUGAUAUGCGAUUUAUACCUGCUCAUAUGGGAUUUACUGAGACUGCUCGAGAUGUUUGCACUGAGAUGCCUUCCAAAGACCAAUACAGACCAAACCAAUUUGUGAACAAUGCUAUGAGUGCCUCUACGGUAAUAAUGGAUGACUUCAAAGCUUAUUUGGCUUCAAGUUCUGAUGACUCUGAAAAUGAAGGACUUGAUGCUAUAGGAAGUGAUGACGAUGACCAUUCUGCUAAAAGUGAUAGUGAAAACGAAGAAGGAAGAGAAGAGAAAAUGAACAAAUAUAAAAAGUUGCUUGAAGCUGCCACAGAAAGGAUGAAGAAGAAGCAAGGAAAUGUUGAAAUGGAAAUAACAUGGGAGCCAGGCCUGAAAGAAAAGACUGAAAGCCUUCUCAAGCAAAGAAGUAAGAAACAGAAUUCAACUCCAUGGUUGGAUUACCUUGACAAAGUAAAAGCAAAACGGAAAGAGAAAAAAUCGGCACGAAAGGCUGCUGCUAAAAAAGAAACUUCUGAGGAGAAAACCUUGUUGAGUGACGAUGAUAUGCCAUCUGAUGUAGACUUAAACGAUCCUUAUUUCAGCAGUGAACUCAAAUUUGACAGCAAUAAAAAAUCUAAAACUCAAAAGAAAAAGGAGAAGAAAAAGAAGAAACUUGCUGAAGAUAGUACUGAAAACCUGACGGAACAAGAAAUCAAGCUUAAAAAACAAGAGAAGGAAGAGCUUGCUUUACUGAUGGCUGAUGAUAAUGAUGGUGAGGAGAAGAAGACUAAGCAUCACUUUGAUUUUGAAGACUAUAUUGAAGGAAGAAAAGUAGACAAAAAGAAAAAGUCCAAGAAGAAACUGAAGCAGCAGAAAUCAAAAAUAGAUGAUGAUUUCAAGAUUGAUGUAAAUGAUAAACGGUUUGAUGCAGUUUUCACGUCUGGUCACUAUAAUAUUGAUAAAUCUGCUCCUGACUAUAAGAAGAGUGCUGGAAUGGAGGAGUUGAUUGAAGAGAAACUUCGGCGGCGCUAUAACGAAAGAACACAAACAACCACAAAACGCAAGAAUUCCAGUGAUAUUUCAGGCUCUUCUGAAAAUUAUUCACAGAUGAAUGCCACAAACUCACACUCAACUGGUGAACAAUCUUUAGACAGUCUUGUUCGUUCAAUAAAAUCAAAAGUGUCUAAUUUACACAGUUCUAAAAAAAAUAAAAUAAAAUAAUAUUCCUAAAAUUUA